AUGUCGGAGCCAAUAAUUAAGCCGGAGCCUGACACCGGCGCCUCAUUCGUCGACGAGGUCGAUGAAACUCCCGAUCUCGAGUUCUUCGACAAGCUUCCUGAUGCCGACGCCUAUAAUCGCAUGUAUCUUACGAGGUUACCGAAUUACGUCUGGGAAGCGUGGUCGAAGCUUGACGACGACGACGAGAUUGAGAUUGGCACGGUCCGCCAAUGGACCGAUGAGACCGGGAAGAUAAGACUUCAAAUGCGCCUCAGACCGGAGAUCGAUGCCCACAAGGAACUACCCAAGGAAUACGACAUGGACGUGACGAAUCACGAGGUCAACAACACAUUCGUCUUCAGUGAGCAAGACCUACCAAGUUACGCGGCGAAAAAUAAAGAGAGGGCCAACGCGCUCGCCCAGGGGAUUCCCGCCCACCUGUUGCGGAAACAACAAAAGCAGAUGGAGGCACCAGCUGAGCGAGGGAAAAAGAGCGCGCCGUACUCGCGCCGCCCGAUUCCAAAAAAAACCAAGGUGGCGGGUCGCAUUAAGCACGAGGUCGUCUGCACCCCUGUCCGGAAUGCAGAGGCCGACAGAUUCUUGUCCAUUCGCGCCGAGCGCGCGGCGCAGCCCCAGAAGAAGGUGACGAUGCUCACCGGGUUCCCGACCGGCGAUACCACGAACCCCAUUGAGUGGGAUGAUUUCCUCAAAACACGUGAGAAGCCGACCAAGGCGAAGAAGAUGGAGAACAAGGCGACCCGCUGGCCAGAAAAUAAGCUUCUCGAUGCCAUCACCAAGUGUUUCUCCGAGCACAAGUACUGGUCUAUUAAGGCGUUCCGGGGCAAGAUCCCACAGCCGGAGGCAUACUUGCGUGAGACACUCGAGAAGAUCGCCCUGCUCCACCGAUCCGGCACGUUUGCCAACCACUGGUCGCUCAAGCCCGAGUACCAAGACAUGAUGGCCACGCUGCCCAAGCCCGCUGAUGACGCGGCGGUCCCGAAAGCCGAUGUGCCGUCUGAGGACGAGGACGAGGAAGACAUCAAGAUGGAGGAUGUUUUGUAG